UCAGCCCGGCACGACUGUGACCUGCUGCGUGAGCAGUACGAGGAGGAGACGGAGGCCAAGGCUGAGUUGCAGCGCGUCCUGUCCAAGGCCAACUCAGAGGUGGCCCAGUGGAGGACCAAAUAUGAGACAGAUGCCAUCCAGAGGACCGAGGAGCUUGAAGAAGCCAAGAAGAAACUGGCCCAGCGGCUGCAGGACGCAGAGGAGGCCGUGGAGGCCGUCAAUGCCAAGUGCUCAUCCUUGGAGAAGACCAAGCACCGGCUGCAGAAUGAGAUCGAGGACCUGAUGGUGGAUGUGGAGCGCUCCAAUGCAGCCGCCGCAGCCCUGGACAAGAAGCAGAGGAACUUCGACAAGAUCCUGGCCGAGUGGAAGCAGAAGUAUGAAGAGUCGCAGUCAGAGCUGGAGUCCUCACAGAAGGAGGCGCGCUCCCUCAGCACAGAGCUCUUCAAGCUCAAGAAUGCCUAUGAGGAGUCCCUGGAGCAUCUGGAGACCUUCAAGCGGGAGAACAAGAACCUUCAGG